AAUAAAGAAAAUGUAUAGCAAGCUGAACUACAGCCACCAAAAGGGCGACCAGGCCCUCAAGCAUCCACACCUGGUAAGACUCCAGCAAUCCGAGGUACGUGGGUUCACUGACAUGCCGAACAACGGAGCUUCCACCUCCUCCGCCGGAUCCUUCGCAAGACAAGACUCUCUUACCAUUGCCGCAUCCCUCCAGCAACGUGACCGCGAACGCCAUCCAGUGGACUUUAUGGAAACUGAGCUGGACCUUGGCGACUACCUGCAAGUGCUCCACGAUCUUGACGUUCCUACCGACAAUGUGGAUUUUGAUGAUGCCGAGCUCCAAAAGUGCAACAUCCUUUACGACGGAGAGCAUCCUUACGAACAACCGGAGCUGAACGGAUAUGAGCGCCACGUGGCGUACGGCACUGGCUAUCGAGUGCCUGGGGAUUAUGAUCAGGAUGGGUACAAGAUGAAUUGUGAAGUGAAAGCUGAGACACCGGAUUUCGGAGCUACCAAGACCCGCCGAGCUGUCAAACGCCCAGUUCCUUAUGACGAUUACCAGAAGGAAUACUCGGAGGAGUCCAGCGAUAUGACGGAUAACGACGGAAGCGUUGACGACUCCUACUUUGAGCCAAAGAGCAAGAAAACUAAAUCCGCCGGACUGGAAAACUUCAAGCCACAGACCAGAGCAAGAAAGUACAAACUCAAGGCAGACGAGGAGAAGGCUGAGCCGACCUACAAAUUGAAAAGAGCCCGGAACAAUGAUGCCGUCAGAAAAUCGCGUAAAAAGGCAAAGGAGCUCCAGGACAAGAAGGAAGCCGAGCACGACAAGAUGAAGAGGCGCAUCGCCGAGCUUGAAGGGCUCCUCCAGUCCGAGCGUGACGCCAGACGUCGGGACCAGGACACCUUGGAGCAGCUUCUCAGGAAUAAAGGCCCGAUGAAAGAGCAACGCAUGCCCCAACGCCACAUCCUCGAGAACUUCAACAAGUAACCUGCAGCUUCAUCAAUUAACCAAUCAAUAAUUUAGACACCUAGGAUCCUCAUAUUUAUUCCACGGCAUUCUCCCCCCAUCAUUCCAGUGACCCCCCCCCCCCCCC